AAGGCGUCAACAACGGGGAUGCCAUGGCAAUUGAAAAGAUCGGAGAUGGCGUACUUCCACAAUGAGAUUCCUCCGGUCGGUCCUGCUAUUCUCAAUUCUUUUUCUGAGUGGUAGUUUUAAUAAUUUAUAUAAUUAUAUAAAGCAUGAAUUGCGCAUCUAGUGUAGUGGUAUCAUAGUACCCUCCCACGGUACUGACCGGGGUUCGAUUCCCCGGAUGCGCAUCUUUCCCCUCUAUCAUUUUUUUCACUGUUUGGUUGCGGAGAAAGGGAUCACCACUAAUCUCUGUCCGUGUUAUAUGUAUCCGAUCAAGUGUGAGAGAAGGUAACUUAUUGCACGCUUUUGAAGUCACCUCCUUCGAUGUUUUCCAACCCCCUAAAGUCUUUUACUCACAUAACAGACAGAAUUCUCCAUCUCCUAAGCAGUUGCACAUAUCCCACGCACAUCCACCAAAUUCAUGCCCAACUCAUCGUCCAAAACCUCCACUCAAACACCACCAUUGCCCACCACUUCAUCACUGCCUCCCAAUCCUUAGGCCUACUGGACUCCGCCCUCACCCUCUUCACCCAACUAUCCAGACCCCAUGUUUUCAUUUGCAACACACUUAUUAGAGCCUUUUCUCACUCCCACGUACCACAUACCCCUCUUUCCAUAUACAGCCACAUGCACAGAAACUCUACUCUUCCUAAUAACUAUACUUUCCCUUUCCUCCUUAAGUCCUUGUCUGACUUCCGUGAACUUAAGCUGGGCGAAUGCAUACAUACCCCUAUUAUAAAACUGGGUCAUGUUAAUGAUAUUUAUGUUGAAAAUGCAUUGUUGGAUUUAUAUGCAUCAUGUGGGCGUUUGGGAUUAUGUCAACGCGUGUUCGAUGAAAUGCCUCAGAGAGAUGUUGUGUCGUGGACUGUUUUGAUUACGGGAUAUAAGAAUGCCGGGAUGUAUGAUGAUGCUUUGAUUGCUUUUGAAGAAAUGCAAUAUGCAGGUGUGGUACCGAAUCAGGUUACUAUGGUUAAUGCCUUGGCAGCGUGUUCAAAUUUUGGGGCCCUUGAAAUGGGUGUUUGGAUCCAUGAUUUUAUAAAGAAGAGGGCAUGGGAGUUGGAUGUGAUUUUGGGGACUGCUUUGAUUGAUAUGUAUGGAAAAUGUGGGAGAAUUGAAGAGAGUUUGGGUGUUUUCAGAAGCAUGAAGGAAAAGAAUGUACUUACGUGGAAUGCACUUAUUAAAGGACUAGCUCUAGCUAAGAGUGGGGAAGAGGCUAUUUGGUGGUUCAAUAGAAUGGAACAGGAAGGAUUCAAGGCCGAUGAAGUGACUCUGGUCGGGGUGCUAUGUGCUUGUAGUCACUCGGGGUUUGUAGAUACUGGUCAACGGAUCUUCAGUUCCCUGCUUGAUGGGAGGUUUGGGUUUUUACCCAGUAUCAAACAUUAUGCUUGUAUAAUUGACCUGUAUGCACGAGCUGGACGUCUCGAAGACGCUUUCAAUUUCAUAAAAGUUAUGCCUUUUAAGCCCACCAAAGCUAUGUGGGGAUCCCUGCUAGCUGGUUCUAGAGCUCAGGGGAAUUUGGAAUUCGGUGAGUUUGCAGCUUGGAAGCUACUGCAAUUGGAGCCAGAUAAUAGCGGUUUCUAUGUUGUGCUAUCUAAUCUGUAUGCAGAGAUGGGAAGAUGGAGCGACGUCGAGAAAGUGAGGAUUAUGAUGAAAGACAGAGGACUUAAGAAGGACUUGGCCUGUAGUUCUGUUGGAACUGAACCCCUGGAGGAUGUUUUUGAAUUCUUCGCACAAUAAGUAAUCUGCCUGGAUUAUAACAAUCAAUCAUCCCGUUUGUUUCAAUGGAGGAUCCUCUGGCUCUAUAGUUUGACUGGACCUACUUGUGAUUGAGCAAAUGAUGGGACAAAUCAUGGGACACACCUGUUUCUAAACGCUCUGUUUCAGCUCCAAUAUUUGGUCGCAGCAUUAAUCAUUGAAUCAGUUUCGAUUGCCUUAACUGGCCUGGCUGAAUCUCUGCAGUAGCUGUCUGAAGAAAGGUGAUGGAUGUAUCUCCUUCAAGGAUGCUACUUUCUGAUUGUUGAGCUCUCAUCAGUUUUUGUUGGUGAAAGCAUAUGCGUUUUAAGGUUAAUGUAAAACUGCAAUUUUUAGAUAGAAUUUUCAAGCUCAUAAAGAAUAGGGAUGGAUUAUACAGUUGGGAUUGCACAA